AUGAGCGAAUUUCAAAGAGAGGAGUUUUUUUCGGCGUCUCCCAAUGAAAGGAUUUCGGAGCACCAUUCAUCUGGAGAGAAAGCAAUGAAUAAUUUUCCCGAAUUAUUUUCAUCAUCUACUCCUUCACUGAUGAUGAAUGAUUUUGAAGCAAUUCUCGGAUCGGAGGAAUUUCAUGAUGAACCACAGCAACCACAUCAGGAAGAAUAUUCUAACGAACCCAUCAUGAGUACUAACCUUCAUGAAUACGACGUAGAAGGUUUUCAUCCAAUCUCUUGUGCAUUCUGUAGAAAAAAUCAUCGUAAAUGUGAUCGUAAAAAACCAUCCUGUACCAAUUGCAUAAAAAAGGGAGUCGCAUGUGUUUAUUCGGAUCCAAGAAAGAAAGGACGCAAGAAAAAGAAUGAAAAAAACCAAAAUAAGGAAGCAUCCUCCCAUUCCAUGAAUGAAAUGCAUUCCAAUCAAAUAGAUGGAUCUCCACACGCUACUACCUCAAAAAAAGAUGAGGUAUAUUCGAAACAACACAUUUCUGAACCGUAUGAUACGAGUAUGGUUAGGAUCGAUGAUUCUUAUUAUAGUAUAGUGGCGCUUAAAAGAGCAACUAUAGAUAUGUGUACAUUGAUAGACUCUCCAAUAUCCAAGAUUGAAUUAGAAAGGUUAUUUAUUCAAGCUGAAUCUGAUACUAAUUGUACAAACGAUAUUAAGGCUGUAUUAUUUGCUGUGCAAGCAGUGGUAGAACAACGAAUAGGACUCAAAGAUUCCUCAAAACUUUCAUUUAAAAGAGCUCGUGAAUUAAUUCAACCAUAUUUUGACGAAUUUGACAAUUUUUAUGUUGGAUGUACCUAUUUAUUUCUUGGAAUGUUUGAAGUGGCAAAUGGUGCUUACAAACGGGCACAGUUUUAUUCCAACAUUUUAGGUUUCUUCGUCAAUCAAGUGAGACAGCUCGAGUCAAAAAAUCUUCCAAUUCAACCACGAAUGAAAAAGCUUAUGCAAGUUGCAAACUUUUUACAGAUGAGUUUAGAAACAUCGAGUGAAAUUGAUGUUGAAAAUCCUUUGGCCAUUGCUAAAUUGUUUCCCAAUAUGGUGUUUGCUGCAACUGGAAUGCAAGAACUGUCAAAGCUUACAGAAAAACUUGCAAAGCUUGAAAAAGACAAAUUGGAUGAAUAUUUUACUGUCAUUGAUAUGGUCACGCAAAUUGUACAUGAACACAUGAAAAUGCAAGACGAGGCUGGUGACAAGAGGCCUGUACUGGACAUGAUGCGAGUCAUUGUCAGUAAUGGUAUGAAACUGGCAGCUAUUUUGACUGUAGACUCGAAUAAUUUGGAACAGAUCAUGCUUUACUCUUCGAACAUUACAAAACUCACAGAGAGUGAAUAUUUUUUUUUGAUUCCGUCUGCUUCAAUUUCACACAUUGCUCAUGCAUCCAAGCAGCACUUGAGAGCUCUCUCAAUGCUUAAAUUAGGAUUUGUUCCUCCAUCGGUGCUUGAGAGUUAUGACAUCAAAGCGUUGAUCUUUCAAGAUUUAAGAGCUCUCAACAUUUUGAAAGGACGAUUCGACAGAGUGGAAAAAUAUUAUUCGAGUCUCUUGAAUGAACUCGAAAUUGUUGUGAAAGAGAUGUAUACUGAACAACAAGAGCCGACGCUGCCAGAGUUUAAUGUUGAUGAUUUUAGUGAUUUUUUGGCGUAA